AUAAUUACGGAAGUAUUCAUUUGUUUAAUUGAGAAAUUUGAGUAUAUAAGCUGCAAGAUUCGCUAGUAAGUUAUCAAUUGUAAGUCGGCUCUGCCUUGAUCAAGAUAGACCAAUCGACCAUGUCUUUCAAAAAGGGUUUUCUCUUAGUAGCAGUUCUAGCGGCAGUCAUUUGCCUCAUAGCAGCUGCUCCUGCCUCAAACAUCCAGCAAAAGGAAAAAUCGGAGAAAGAUGACCUGAAAGCGGAAGAGUUCUGGGGGUGGGGAGGUGGUUGGGGUGGAUGGGGUGGUUGGGGCGGUUGGGGUGGAUGGGGUGGUCCCUGGGGAGGAUGGGGAGGAUUCUGGGGAUGAUCUGCAAAUCUACAUGAAGACAACAUAAAAAAGAUAGUUUCUUUGGUAUACAGAAUAAGUUCUGAAUUAUAUUCUUAUGAUUUUAUUGUAAUUAAUAUUAUUGUCGAGUAAUAGAAUAAAGAGCUUCAUAUUAUUUUA